GGAGGCCACACUCUGUCACAGAUCCAGCGGCUGAGGGAGGCAGGAAACUGACGGACAGCAAUGAUACGGACGCUGUGUUUUAUCUGGUCUCUGGCAACGUGGCUGGGCUCUGGAGAAUCCCAGACUCUGACUCAGCCUCCGACCGUGUCGGUGAGUCCAGGAGCCACGGCCUCGCUGAAUUGUGACAUCGGAACGAAGGAUAACGAUUAUGUAGGUUGGUACAAGCAGACACCGGGAACAGUUCCACAGUGGAUCCUAUACUACCAUCACUCGAUCAGCGCCCCGACCUACGGGCCUGGGUUUAGCAGCGACCGUUUCACGUCGACAGUCAACAGCGCCGGCACCGUUUACCAGUUAAACAUUAAAAAUGUGGAGCUAAAUGACGCUGCGGUCUAUUACUGCGGAAAGUGGAUUCCAUCGGUCAGUUAUAACAUGUUCGGCCCUGGGACCAAGCUCUUUGUUACAGAUCGGCAGCUCCCGGACCCUUCAGUGAAACUGCUUGGGCCGUCAGCCGAGGAGAUCUCCGCUAAAGGAUCGGGCACCUUAGUUUGCCUGGUCAGUAAAUUGUCGAUCGGCUUCCCUGUCGUCAGCUGGACAGUGAACGACAGUCCGACGAGCAGUGAGGUGCAAACCAGCGGGGUGACUCAGAACGCGGACAAAACCUUCAGUCUCAGCAGCUACCUGACGGUGCCCGGCGCAGACUGGAGCAGUGGGAAGAGGUACUCCUGCUCAGUUCAACAAGGAGCAGCCUCGACAAUAUCCGCAACAGUCACACAAUCCAGCUGUUAAACAGAGCGCGGCUUCGGCCUUGUUUGCUCCGAAAAACAGAAAGUAACCUUUUGUUUUGCUUUUUUCACUCUCUCUACCACACUUUUCACUGUACUCCGAAUUUCUGAUCAGUUCUGUGGUUUCCACCGUAUUUUUUAAAAUAUUUGCACCCGAGGCUGACUUUGUUCCGUUUCACCCUCCGAGAAGCUACGUGGAGUAAAAGUGACCUGUUACUCGUCAUUAUUAGAAAUACCGGCUUGUGAAUUGUUUUCUCUGUUACCAGGGAUGGAUCUAAAUAAAAUUAUUAAUGAAUGUGCUAAUGAUUUCUCAUCAGUAUCAGACUGACAGAUGGUAACUGCCACAGACUGCUAAUAAAGAUGUUCAGUGCAGGAA